UUCAUUUUUGUGUAACGUUAGGGUUUAUCAGAUUUCUCCAUUAAACCCUUCUCAAGUUCAAUUACUUUCUAAAUCAGCUGUAAGUAUUCACUUCAUACAUUCCCUGUACAUGUCUACUUGUACAUUGGGCAUUUGGGGUUGUACUUUUACUCGUUUAAUGCUGCCCAAUACCUAGGGUUUUAUUAAUUACCAAGUGUGGUACAUGAAUCGUUGAGCUCUAUAUUGUUUUUUCUUUUUUUGAAGAAUUCACUGAUUCUUUGUUCUGGAGUUCUCAUUAACAUCAUAAAUUUGUGAUUUUAAUUUUUUGGGAAAGCCAGUAGUUUAAUAAUUCAUGUGUACUUGUACUUUGGGCAAUUGGGGUUGUUCUUUUGCUCCUUAAUGCAGCCUAAUACCUAGGGUUUUAUGUUGCAACGUCGGGUGUGGAGAUCUUGAACUGCAUAUUGAGUUUCUUGAGAAUUCAGAUUCUUUGGUUCAGCGUGCACUUUUGAGUUGUCGGAUUGUUAUAACAUUGCCAAGUUGUGAACCUUUUCUGUUGAAUACACGAGUUUUAGCUGAGUGGUGAGGUUUUUGAGUAAAAGAAACCCUAAAUGAUUCAAGAAUUUGAAUAUGACCGAUGGAGGUAAUGCGGAGGGUAAAAGGGAGAAAGAGAGUAAUGUGGAUAAUACCGGGGAAGAAAGAGCUGGUUUCGACGAUUUUGGGCGAGCAAUAUCGAGGAUUGCUGUGGCUCAAAUAUGUGAAAGCAUUGGGUUUGAGAGCUUCAAUGAAUCUGCCCUCGAAUCGCUUGCAGACGUUGCAAUUAAGUAUAUAAUUGACCUAGGCAAGACUGCUAGUAGUGGUGCUAAUUUAGCUGGGAGAACACAAUGCAACGUGUUUGAUGUAAUUCAAGGAUUAGAGGAUAUGUGUGCCUCCACUGGUUUUCUGGGCGCAUCAGAGGGGAACCAUUGUGGGUUAAAUUCUGGUAUUGUUAGGGAGAUGGUUGAGUAUGUGGAAUCUGCUGAAGAGGUUCCCUUUUCUCAACCUCUUCCACAUUUUCCGGUGGUAAAGAAUCAGAGGAUGAUACCCAGUUUUUCACAAAUUGGUGAAACACCGGCAUUUAAGCACGUACCGCCGUGGUUGCCUGCAUUUCCUGAUCCCCAUACUUAUAUACGAACCCCUACGUGGAAUGAGAGGGCAUCAGAUCCUCGAGCUGAUAAAAUUGAAUUAGCAAGGCAGCGAAGGAAGGCGGAAAUAUCUUUGUUAAAUUUACAACAGCGAUUGGUGUGCAAUGGUUCAGCAGUAGCAUCAACUUCUAAGCCGCCGGAUGAUGUUGAUAUUGCAUCAAGUGUUAGUAAAAGCGAAAAUCCAUUUCUUGCAAAACCUUUUCAACCUGGUGAGAAAGAUGUGGACAUAGUUUCUCUUCCAGCUAAACUUUCCAGUGGGGUAGACGAUAAAAAUCACACUUCUUUACUGGAGACGUUCUCUCCUGCAAUUGAGGCAAUGAAGGAUGGGCUUUCUGAAACAGUAGAUGGUGCGGAUAAAAAUCUUCCGGACAAGAGGCCUGCUGUCUGUUUAGAUUUUAGAACUGGAAAGAAAGUCUUAGGUGAUUCGUUGGAUCUGAGGCUUUUGAAAAAGGGUUCUGAGAGAAAAGCUUCCUUUUUCAGGCGAGAUGAAGAAAGAGAUGAUAAGAAGAGGAGAGCCGAGUUAAUACUGAGGCAAUCUAGGGAAAAUCAGCAGGAGUUAACCCAGUUGUAAAUUAGUUCAUGGAUUGGUUAGCUUGAUGGGGUACUUCCGUUCCCUGUUCGAAACAGCAGCAAGUGAUUAGGUUUAGGUAAAAGUCAGCCAUACUGUAAUUCUUCUGCGAAUGUCACAGAGUCUAUGUGGAUGUUGAGAUGUAGUGUAGAGCAUUUUUUCGAGGUUAGUCAUUGUUCGUUCUCCAAUGAAUUUUUCUCAGUGAGAAUCUUUUACUUUUGCAAAUGAAGUUUCUCCUUCUAUUUACUCCACCCACCCACUCCCCCUCCCUCUAUAAAAAUGAAAGAAAAACACAAACACACAUGUACACUCACUCACGCACAAACAGAGAAAAGGAAUAAGCAAAUGAAAAGGAGGGAAUAGAGUAGGAACACAAGAUUUUUAUGAACGGUGGUGUUGAUCUUUGUAUCUAUUUGCUUUUGAUGGCUGUGAAAUUUUCAUUAUUCA